AAACUGGUGAUCCCUACAUUAUUUUUGGUCUUGGACGCGUUUCAUACGCGUAAAAACUUUGUUUUCCCCAUAAAAAAUCACAAAUAAAACAAUAAUGUCGCAUAUAAAAGAUUUAUAUUUAUGUAAAAACAUCGACGAUUUGGAAAAACAGUCCGAAAUACCAGAUGUACGCGAUAAAAAGAUGAAAAUGUUACUGGAGACAGCAAAAAGACUUAUUGCUGAGGCCGAAAAAUAUUAUCGUCUGGGCGAUGAGGAAAUGGCCUAUGUAUUUUAUACGAAAUAUUUUAGCCUGCUAAAUAUUAUUUACAAGAAAAGGGAUUACAUUGAAAGCAAGCCGCUGAUAAGACAAAUGUUGGGCGAUAAUCGUUCCAACAAGAUGACCAUGGAUCGCUUGGAAAUGUUGACGAGGUCACUGAAUGAACGUUAUGAUCGUUUAAAUGCCAAGAAAUUGGAGAAACGUGACAGUGUGACACCUCUCAACAGAAGCAGUUUGAAUUCAUCCCUGAAUCAGGAGAGAUCACGUUCCAACUCACCCAAGGUAACAGAAAGCAAUGGUUUUCCGCCAUCCCUACGUUUGAUGACAUCUCAAGAGCUCUUUGAAUGCAUGAAAACACAAAAAGUUUUGAUUAUGGAUUGUCGUCCAGCCGAUGAUUACAAGAUGUCACAUCUCACCUAUCCGUUGGCUUUCAAUGUGCCCCAGGAAUUGAUACAAUAUGGUAUGUCGGCUGGCAAAUUACAGGAUAAGCUGGAUCCUGAAUCAAAAAAGCUGUGGUCAGCCAGAGCCAUUAAAGAUCAUGUGGUUCUAAUGGAUUGGAGUUGUUCGGAUCCAAAUCCACCGGAAGGAUCAGCUAUUGCUAUUUUACUGAAUAUUUUACAAAAUUGGGAUCCUGAUGUCACCUAUCGUUCACCGAUACAAAUUCUCGAAGGUGGCUAUAAUUACUUUAAAUUGGUCUAUCCUUUUAAGUGUACAAAUCCAAUGGUGCAGGCACCGUCAACACCACAAAAUGAUAUGAAUCUCAUUGAUGAUAUUGAGUAUCCAUCAGUAUUUGAUAUUCAAAUGAAAGAUGAAGUUUUAAAGACCACCACCACCACGACAACGGCCACUUCACCCAUACGACCAGUUAUCGAUCGAGCCAGUAAACAAGCGGCCAUACAAACCUACAAAGAAAAAGAAAAGGCCAUUGAAGAAAUUUUCAAAGAACAGGAGGUGUUAUUGGAAAAAGCCCAAGAAAACGAUGAGGAAUUACAGAAAGUGGCCAAACAAUUGAAUAGCAUUUACGAGAAGAAACAAUUGGAUCUUGCGGAUCAAGAGAUACUCUAUAAAAUGAUGCAAUUAGAAAGUGUGGCCAAGGAUUAUAAACUUGACAACAUGCGUCUUCGUGAAGAGCUGGAAGAAUAUAAACGCCGCGAACAGGAAAGUGUUACACGCCAACAAGCCCAAGAGGUUGAGGAAAAGACCAAGGAAAUUGAGGCAAAAAUUGAAGAACGUCUACGGCGAGAUGAACAACUCGAGAGGGAAAAAGAACAACGGGCCAUACAACUUGCCAUUGCUAGAGAAAAUAAGAAGUUCUUCCAAAAUCGUCAACAGGAAAAGCAAACAGAACAAGAACAAUUGGAGCGAGAACCGUCACCGCCACCACCCGCCCCUGUGGAAAUGGUGCCACCAAAACCUACUGUACCCCAAUUUGAUCGUUCCGUCAAACCUCAAUUAACAGCCCAUCAUCAGCAACAACAAACGCCUCAGUCGCCAAAUAUUUAUGCCUUACAAGAUAAACAACGUGACUUCUCACCCGUUCGAGGUGCUGUGGGUCGUGGCUUGACCGGCUUAAAGAAUCUAGGCAAUACCUGCUAUAUGAACAGCAUUUUGCAGUGCCUCAGCAAUACCCCCCAGCUGGCGGAAUAUUGUAUUACAGACAAAUACAAAAACUAUAUAAGUCGCAACAAUAAAACAAAGGGACAAAUUGUGGAGGAGGUGGCGGCACUCAUAAAGGUCCUGUGGAAUGGAAACUAUAAAUGUGUGGCCAGCAAGGAUUUGCGUUAUGUCAUUGGCCAAUAUCAGAAAAUGUUUCGUGGCAUUGAACAACAGGACUCCCAUGAAUUUCUUACCAUACUCAUGGAUUGGUUACACUCCGAUCUACAAACCCUGACAGUGCCUGAAUAUCCCCGCGAACCAAUGACCGCCUCCGACAAGGCUUGGCUGGACUUUACCAAGGCCAAGGAAAGUCUAAUAUUGCAUUUAUUUUAUGGUCAAAUCAAAAGUAUCGUCAAAUGCACCACGUGCGACAAGGAGUCGGCCACAUAUGAGUGUUUUUCGAAUUUAAGCCUUGAACUGCCUGAGAACAACAACAUUUGCCAGCUGUCACAAUGUUUGGAUAUGUAUUUCAGCGGUGAACGCAUAAGCGGCUGGAAUUGUCCGGCCUGCAAACAGAAACGGGAUGCCAUCAAGAAAUUGAAUAUUUCAAAACUGCCACCGGUCUUGGUGAUACAUUUGAAGAGAUUCUAUGCCGAUACCGAUUCCCUUAGUCCCAGCUAUAAGAAAAAACAAAAUUAUUUACGUUUUCCUCUGGAAAAUCUAAAUAUGUUCCCGUACAUAACAAUAUCAGAGUCGCGUCGCAACACAACGAAAUCCUACGAAUUGUACGCUGUCUCAAAUCAUUACGGCUCGAUGGAGAGUGGCCACUAUACAGCCUUCUGUAAGAGCGGCACCUAUGGCAAGUGGUUUAAGUUUGACGAUCAAAUGGUAACGCCACAGGAUGCCUCAACGGUGGUCUCAAGUGCUGCUUACAUAUUGUUUUAUACACGUCUGGCGCCGUCACAAUAUAUAACGGAAAGUAAUUCCUCUAGGCUAUAGAAAGACUAUAUCAUUUUAGUUGAUCUUUUUUCGAUUUUCUAAUUUUAAUUGGUUAUGGAUUCAAUUCCUUUAUAAACUAACAAAAAACAAAGACACAUACAUACAUAUACACACACACUUAACUCUCGCCCUAUAUAUGUCUAGUCCACGAUUAGAAUGAAUGAAACUUUGCCUUAUAUAUCCAAAAAAAAAAAGUAUAUCGAAAUUACUAUAGGCUAUCGAAACAAACAAAAAAAAAUCAAAACUUUUUUAGGUUAUAUUUUUUGUUAACUUGUUAUUGUUUUUUUUUUCUUAUUAUUAUUUUUAUUUAAACAAAACUAAAAAAAAAUAUUCCAUAUAUACUAUACAUAAAUUUACUAUUUAUCUUAUAAUUUCCCAAAAAAUAUAUAUUUUAGAGUUUACAAAACUCCCUCUCACUUUUGUUAAAUUUAUAAACACUUCUAUUUACAAAUUUUCUCAAUAGGUAUUUGUUCUUAUUUUUUUAAAAAAAAAAGUAACCUCCCAGAAAUUCCAAAAAUAUUACCCAUUAAGACUUACCAAUUUAUUUAUUCAAAAUCAAAUCCAAAAGAGAAGAAUGUCAUUAUUUGAGAAAAGUCUACAAAUGAAAGCUGAUAUAAAUGUGAAUAAUAUAAAUUAAGAUUUAUGUUUCGCUAAAAACAAACGCAUAGUUACCAUUAAAUAUAUAUUUUUUUCAAGAAGAACAUUUUACAUUUUUACUUGUAAAAACAAAACACAUUCAUAAGUCAUACAGAAUAAACAAAAUACUAUUUUUAAUAUAUGAUUUAUAUUGAACUAUAAAUAUAAAGAGGAAAACAAAAAAAGAAAAAUAAAA